GACUCCGAGCAUUAUUGCAUAAAAAACAUUAUUAUACAGUAACUGUACACUUGGAAGCAAAAGAGUAGACGCUUCGAAAAAAACAAAAAAGAGGUAAAAACUAAAGGAGAUAUUUUAGUGGCCGUAUAAGAUGACUUGCUCUACCUCUAUAUAUAACCUUUGAAGUCAUAGGGUGAAAACCCCAUUUCGAAAAGACCAACAGAGAGUUAGGUGAGAGACUCAUUGAAAUAUCACCGGAAAAUAUGGUUCUGCUAGAUAAACUGUGGGACGACGUCGUUGCCGGGCCUUCACCUGAGCGUGGGCUUGGUAAACUCAGGAAGAUCACCACCAGGCCAUCGCCCUUGAUGAUUAUCAAAGAGGGCGAAGGGGAAACGAGUAAUAUGGUGUACCAGAGAUCACUGUCGAUGCCGGUUAGUCCAGUGACACCAGUCACACCAACGACUCCUCUUUCGGCGUCGUUGGCGCGUAGCAAAGACAACGUGUGGAGGAGCGUGUUUAACCCAGGCAGCAACCUUGCUACCAAAGGCCUAGGCGGCACCCUCUUUGACAAGCCUGAACCAAACUCUCCAACUGUCUACGACUGGCUCUACAGUAGUGAGACGAGGAGCAAACAUCAAUAAGUUGAGAAGAAGGCCCCACCAACAAUGCGAUGUGUAAAUAGUUGUCGUUUUUCGUUUCAGGAUCCGCCACAUGUUUCUCUCAUUUAAAUGGUUAUGUGGUUACGUGUCGUUUAAGUAGAUCCACUUUGGGUUUGGUUUGAUUGACUCUUAUAAUAUCAAUAUAAUUAUGUAAUAGCAUAAGCUAAAGUUGAGACUUUAAUUGAUUAUGGUAUUGAGUGAAAUAUGACUUUCUAGCUGGGUGCGGUGGAUCAUGAGCUUUCUUUUAUGAAUAUAUUAAAUAAAUGAAUGAAAUGCCUUAUUUUCCUUUUCUCUUUC